GACCUUUAUUUUGAAAGACGGUAACAAUGCAAACAUCAACAGUGGCGUCAGUACCAUGACAACAGCAGUUCGAGUAACAUGGGACGCUGAUAUGUCUUAAGCGGGCCUGAUUUAUCGCACAUUUCUGGGAAAUAUCUUACUGCUCAUAUUAAAGGAUGUCUCUUUUCAAGGCACGUGAUUGGUGGGUCUCAGUGGUGGGUGAGGGGGAGGAGUUUGAUCAGGGUUGUCUGUGUGUUGGAGAUGUGGAUAACAGUGGAUAUGAUAAGGUUGUUGUGGGAAGUUACAUCGGGAUAUUACGCAUUUUCUCACCCCAUCCUGCUAAAAUAGAUAACCCCACAGAUGUUAACAGCCAGCUACUGGAGAUGCAGCUACCUGAUUCGAUCAUCCAGGUGGAGAUGGGCAAAUUUGUCUCUUGUUCAGAGUUGCUACAUCUGGCAGUUCUUCAUCCAAGGAAACUUUCCGUAUAUGCUGUUUCAGGCACUGCUGGCAACAUUGAACAUGGUGACCAGUAUCAGCUGCGUUUAGUUUAUGAACACAAUCUUCAGAGAACAGCCUGCAACAUGACAUACGGCCCCUUUGGGGGUGUCACAGGUCAUCACUUUAUCUGUAUCCAGUCGAUGGACGGCAUGCUGAUGUUUUUUGAGCAGGAGAGUUAUGCUUUUGGCCGCUUUCUGCCAGACUUCCUGUUGCCUGGUCCUUUGUGCUACUGCAGUCGCACAGACUCCUUCAUUACUGUGUCUUCCAUACGACAAGUGGAGUGCUACAGGUAUGAGACACUGGCUGUAGCCACAGACGCCGACACUAGACAGGAUUGUAAUCAGAGUAGCAAAACUACAGGAAAGAGACUGACGGCUGACUGGACACUGGUGUUAGGAGAAGAGGCUCUAGAUAUCUGUGUUCCAAGUACAUCAGGAGUACUGUCUUCUGUCUUUGUUCUUGGAGAACGAAAUCUGUUUUGUCUCAAGGAUAACGGUCAGAUACGCUUUAUGAAGAAACUUGAGUUCAACCCCAGCUGUUUCCUUCCCUACAGAACAGUUUCUGAGUGUUCUACCAACAUUUUAAUGGGUAACCAUAACAACAUGCUGCUGGUGUACCAUAAUGUGACGCUUAAGUGGGCAGCUCAGCUACCUUGUGUCCCUGUGGCCAUACGUGUUGCUAACUUCCAGGAACUGAAGGGUUUGGUGGUCACUCUGAGCUCUGAUGGGCAUCUCCAGUGCUCAUACAUGGGCACUGACCCCUCCUUCUUUAUUGCACCCAACGUGGACUCCAGAGAGGUCAACUAUAAUGAAGUUGAUAAUGAGAUGAAGAUGCUACAAAAAGUCAUCCGUGAGGCCACCAAAACCCAAGACAUUCUCCCGAGAGCAGAGACAGAGGAAGAGCUUACUCUGACUGCCACAGUCUCCCCUAACCUGGAUGAAGUCUCGUCUGCUUUUAUACCUGAGAUGAAUGGCAUGGCCAUCCCCUCUGUCACAGUGAAGGUGAAAAUGAGGAGUAGCGCAGCAGUGCAGAGCCCCAAAAUGACUGUGUGUGUUCAGCCUCCCCUAGCAGUCACACAGGAUCAAUUUGGGUUAGACUCAAUUGGCAGUGGCUGCGAGUUAGAGGUGAAGUUCUCAGCAUUCCUAAAUGGUCCCUAUCCUCCAUCUGAUCUGUGUGUAGAUGUCGCUGUAUCCUACAGCUCAGCUACAGGAGUCCCACGAGUGUCUCAGUGUAAAUUUACCUUGCCUCUCCGGUUAGUGAGCUACCCCUCUUCACCUAGCAAAAAUGCCAAGUACAAGAUCACUCUGGAAACCAACAAACCUCCCGUCAACCUUAAUGAAGUCUUUCCAGAUUUCUCAGAGAAUACAGACAGCAGUGCUUUGGCCUUCCAGCUCAUCACUGGCUCCAAGGUCACUGUCCUCACCUCCAAAAUGUCCCAGCGCUAUAGGAUCCAAAGUGAGAGCUUUGAGGAUAUCUGGUUGGUUGCCAAGGAGCUGGUGCAGCGUUUUGACCAGCACUUUUCCUCACUUGGAAUCAAAGACAAUCAAAACAGCUUCACUGGACCAGUACCGCUUUCUGACUACUUUGAGAUGGUGGACCACCACUUUAAGCUCCGUUUGAAUGCACAGAAGUAUCAGGAUCUGCUGUCAGAAAGAGCAGUCCAGUUCAGGGCCAUCCAGCGCUGCCUGCUUACCAGAUUUAAAAAUAAAACCCCAGCCCCACUUUACAAUCUGGACACACUAAUGGAAGGAACGUAUCGUCAAGUUAUAGCAUUAGCAGAUGCAGCAGAAGAGAACCAAGAAUGUCUGAUCCAGGCAUUUGCACGCUUGCGGAGUGCCACUCACCUGCUGAUCCUGCUGUUGUCGCUGUGGCAAGGACUCAGCUCAGAACAGACUGCCAUCUUGGAGGCCACACUUCUACCACUGCUGCAGGACACACCACAACUGGGUUGGGAAGAGAGUGUGGAUGCAGCUGUCUCUCACCUCUUAAAAACAUGUUUAUCACGCAGCCCCAAAGAUCAGGCCAUCAGUCUCAGCACUAGCUCACUGACCAUCCCUAAAGACACGUCACGCCUGAAAAAGCACAUUACUCAGCUAUGUGAUCGCUUAGGCAAGGGUGGUCGUCUUACUCUCUCCUCAGAUGCCAGUGUCCCUACAACUGUCACAAUGCAAGCUGGAUGUGAGUCUAUCCCUGAGCCAAUAGUGGAGCAGGAUGAGGAACCAGCCCUGCAGCAGGAUUCAGCCAAGUAUGUUAAAAAAAAACAAGCAUCCAGAAGAGUCAAGAGCAAGUCAGAUUCGGCUAAAGAAACUUUCAAAGAGGAGAUAAAGGAAUCAGGAAGAGACUCCACAAAAGAGAGGGACAAAGAGGAGUCAAAGGUGUCAUCCAAAGAAAAAGAGGCUGCAAGAGAGGUUAAAAAAGAGUCAUUAAAAGAGUCAAAAGGUUACAAGAAAGACUCUACAAUGGAAAAGGAGCACGCGUAUGACAAGGAGGCACCAAAAGAAAAGGAUUCUGCGAUAAAGACAAAGGUGUCCAGGAAGCCUUCAGUGAAUCUCAAAGAGAAGUCAGAGCCAGAAAACAGCUGAAUAUAGCUGCUGCAUUAAUAAAACCUAUAAGAAUAUUCUUGAAUCAU